UACAUCAUCACCUUGAGAAAUCGGAGAAUGCAAUGGACUUUGAAACGUCUGAAGGCAGCCAUAGCUGCAGGAAUGAGAUAAUGCACAGGAAGGAUCUUAACCUACAGGAGGAAGAAAUAAACUCUGAUGAUGAUCUGUCAGAUGAUGGUCAGACUAGACAAAAAGCGGAGAAACGCAGAGCCAAGAAGAAGAGACAAAGAGAACGUAAAAGGCUUGAGAAGAAAAAAGAUCUUGAAGAGAAAGAGCAGGAACCAGAGUGGGAUGUAAACAGUGCGUUUGUUGCCAAUGCCGCCAGUCAUAUCAGACCAAAGACCAAGGAUAAACUUGACAAGAAGCACAAUGCCAACAAAGAAAAUGAAGGGAAGAUGCAAGAGGGUGACUGCACAGAUUCUUCAAUCCAAAGAAGCCAAAACCUUGCUGAACAAGGCAUUCAAUUGGUGAAAGAUGGGAACUACACCAGAGCUAUUGAACUGUUUAGUGAAGCUAUCAGAUUAGAUCCAAAAGAUUACAGGUAUUUUGGCAAUCGUUCAUACUGCUAUGAACAACUGAAGCUCUACUCUAAGGCACUGAUGGAUGCAGAAACGUCCAUAGAGUUAUCUGCUGUCUGUCCCAAAGGAUAUUUCAGGAAGGGCAGAGCACUGAAAGGCUGCAUUAGGUAUAUGGAGGCAGAAGAAGCUUUCAAGAUGGUCUUACGUCUGGACAAAGGGUGCAAGGAGGCUCUGAAGGAGAUUCAUGCGUGUCAAGUUCUACAACUCAUGGUUCAUGGUUUUACCCAGGAGCAGAGUAUCAGUUUGCUGGAGCAAUACGAAUCUGUUACUGCUGUCAUGGAAGCUCCAAUUUCUGCUAAAGUGUUGCAAGAAAAUGUGAACCUGGAGGAGACGACAGAAGAGGAGCUGCUAUUCUUAAAUGAAUUACCUCAAAGCUGUUCUUUGUGGGUAGGAAAUAUCACAGACCAGAUAACAGAAAAGCUACUGAGGGACCUAUUUAAAUGUUACGGUGAAAUUCAUAGCGUCCGACUGCUUGGCGAACGUUUUUGUGCUUUUGUUAACUUUAAGUGUCCUGUUGCUACAGCCAAUGCACUGGAGGGACUGCAGGGUAAAGAAAUCGAGAACACAAGGUUAUUGAUCCGAUACCCAGACAAGCCUUACCGACCCACAACUGUGACCACUUCUGAAGCACAAACCAAGGCAGCUGCAAUAAAUGCAAAGAAGAAAGUACCAUACAAAGCUAGUGAAUGUUACUACUGGAGGGCCAAUGGUUGCACUUAUGGAGACAAAUGCCGCUUCCUCCACAUCCCGGAGAACAAAGGUGCGGGCAAGAAGCCUUGGAAAUGCUGAUCUGUCCAAUCAGAAAGCACUACUUCUAAUCAAGAUCACGGUUUCAAGAGUGCUGAAGAAUGUUUCAA